AUGACACUUGAUAUCAGCAACCACGCCGUCCAUCAUCCACAAGCAAUUCACCUACAACCACUUGAACGUGCCCGCAGCAGUUCACGGCAAUCAACCACCCGCAAUGGCUCGAGUACAGCUUUCGAGCCUGCGAUGGCUGACGAGAAUGAGACUAUCGCUAGGAACGUAUCUCAUAUGACUGAUGUCGAGAGUCAACUCACCGCGACUGGUCGCCUACAAGCCAGCUGCCUCGAUCGUGAUCCAUAUGGCCUCUCCCGCGGAUACAAGACCGAGUCUGAUCUGGAACAGAUCAAGGCCAACACUUCACGGAAGCGCGAUAGCCUCCCUGGCCGUAAAUCUGUUCCCAGCAACAUGGGCCCCAAGGCAAAGGCCCGCAAGCUGCAGGGCUUCUACAAAAACCAAAAUGCCGCCAUUGAUCGCAUGCUCAAGUCUGUUGAGGAACAUCGUGACGAAGCCCGCGACCAGCAUGGCGAAGACCAGCUCAAGUUUCGCAUUGCUGUCUGGGGCUCUUUUGCGGCCAACGUUGUCUUGUCAGGAGUUCAGCUCUACGCUGCCAUCUCUUCAGGAUCUCUUUCUCUCUUCACCACCAUGGCCGACUCCAUAUUCGACCCUCUUAGUAACCUCACCCUCAUUUUGUCGGCUCGAGCCAUUCGCCAUGUCGAUUCUCGGCGUUUUCCUGCCGGUAAAGCUCGUCUCGAGACUGUCGGCAACAUUGUCUUCUGCUUUCUCAUGAUCGCUGUCUCACUCAUUAUCAUUGCUUUUGCUUGCCAAGAACUAUCUAGGGAGGUCCAAGAGAAGGAAUUCAAAAUUGCUGCCGUUAUAUCUGUCUGCUGUGCUUUCGCCACCAAGUUCGGGCUCUUUCUCUACUGCUGGGCACUCAAGGACAAGUAUAGCCAGAUCAACAUCCUUUGGCAAGACCACCGCAACGAUCUUUUUAUCAAUGGCUUUGGUAUCUUGACUUCAUGUGGUGGCGCGAAAUUGAAAUGGUGGAUUGACCCUAUGGGCGCUAUCAUUCUGUCUGUCCUCAUCUCAUCCAUUUGGCUGCACACCGCCUUUGGAGAAUUUCUGCUCAUCGUCGGAGUUACUGCAUCUGUCGAAACGCAGCAGCUCAUCACGUAUGUGUGCGUUACACAUGACGACGCAGUUGUUGGCAUCGAUACCGUGCGCGUGUAUCACUCGGGUCCUCGCCUGAUCGCCGAAGUGGACAUUGUCAUGGACCCGACACAAACACUUCAAGAAAGCCAUGAUAUAGCAGAGGCGCUGCAGAUCAAGCUGGAGGAUCUGCCAGACAUUGAGCGAGCAUAUGUCCACAUUGAUUACGAGACGACACACAAACCAGAACAUACAUUUAAGAAGAAUAUGUAG